GAAACUAUACAUGCGUGCGUGUGAGAGCAGAUCUAUAAGCUGUAUCAUCACUUCUUGUGGCACAGAAACUCCAUCACACGUGCACGGCGCGCACGCUGCAGCCACCACACUCAUGCUACACGAGGCAGGACGUGGAGUAAAAUCACUCUAAGUGGGGACACCGUGGAGGUCGCAGAGUGCAGGUGGAGCGAGGACCCAAAAAAACCCCUCAGGGAUAUGUCCAACAACACUGGAAGAGGUCAUGGGGGUCUUAACCAACUAGGUGGAAUGUUUGUUAAUGGCCGCCCACUUCCGGAGGUGAUCCGGCAGCGCAUUGUGGACAUGGCCCACCAGGGGGUUCGGCCCUGUGACAUUUCUCGGCAGCUCAGAGUCAGCCAUGGCUGCGUCAGCAAGAUCCUGGGACGCUACUACGAAACAGGCAGCAUCAAGCCCGGCGUGAUCGGCGGCUCCAAACCUAAAGUGGCCACCCCAAAGGUGGUGGAGAAGAUUGCAGAGUAUAAACGGCAGAACCCCACCAUGUUUGCCUGGGAAAUCAGGGACCGCCUGCUGGCAGAGGGCGUGUGUGACAGUGACACAGUUCCCAGUGUGAGCUCUAUUAACAGAAUAAUCCGAACAAAGGUCCAACAGCCCUUCAAUCUGCCUCUGGAUGGAAAAGGCUUGAGUCCUGGCCAAACUCUAAUCCCUAGUUCAACUGUCACCCCUCCCGAGUCUCCACAGUCAGACUCUUUGGGCUCCACCUACUCCAUCAGUGGCUUGCUCGGGAUUCCGCAGCCCACCACCGACGGCAAGCGGAGCCUUGAUGACAAGUGUUUUUCUUUUUCUUUUUCUCCUGGACAUGCAUUUCCAAGACUGUUCAACAUAGGUGGAGGUGAUCAGGAGAGCUGUCGGCACAGCGUGGACUCUCAGGGCAGCGGGGGCGUCCCAAGGAAACAGAUGAGACUGGAUCACUUCCCCGCAGUCAUGCAACACUUGGAUUGUGGGUUUGAUCGUCACCACUACCCGCCAGACUCUUUCAGUUCCGCCUCCAGCAGCAAGACAGAGCAGACUUUGUACCCACUGUCCCUCAUCAAUGGCAGUUUAGAAGAGGUCAAGAACAACUUGUCAGCAUCCAGCUCGGCCAUCGGACGAAACUUGACAGCACACCAAAGCUACACCAUGGUGGCUGAGCCCGUACAGUCGCUACCGCUUUGCCUCAAACAGGAAAUGUCCCCAGAAGUGACCAGCACAAGCCCCUCCCCAAACAUGGCGGCUUCCAGCCUGGCCUACAAGGAGCUUCAGAAGCAAGUUUCUUUUGGUAGCAGCUGCAGUAGCUCCACCCAUUUCACCAAUGCCUUCAACUCAUUUUCCCAUCAUGCACCAGUGUAUGGACAGUUCAGCAGCCAAUCAAUCAUUUCAGGGCGUGACAUGGUGAGCUCCACCCUUCCAGGUUACCCGCCUCACAUCACCUCUCCUGCCCAGACAGGGUACUCCUCCUCUGCCAUCACAGGGAUGGUUGCAGGUGCAGAAUAUUCGGGUCAGUCCUACAGUCACUCGCCGUACACCUCCUACAGUGAAGCCUGGAGGUUCACCAACUCCAGUAUACUCAGUUCACCGUAUUACUACGGCUCAGCAUCCCGCACAGCUCCACCAUCCACAGCCGCCUAUGAUCACCUCUAGUCCCUGCUGUGUGGCCAUGGUGGACCUGAAUCCACCUGGACCAGGAUCAGAAGCAGAGGUUUGAAGAUCUUCAACCACCUGGCACAUCUGAUUAUGGAUCAGAAAUCCCAAAACUGGGUGUGAGCUCAAGACUCAGCUGAGGAAACAACCCGUCAUUUUUCUACAUGUCACGUUCUUCUGAUAUGUUAUUUAUUUGUUCUACUAAUACCAUUGCCCAGGGUAACUUGUGCACGUUUACACAUUGCAGACACUCCUCUGGCCUUGCUGGUGCAUAUUUCAGCUGGAGCUCUCACGCUGUUUUGGCCAAAGACUUUGUUUCUACAGCUUGACACCUCUGAGAUUAGGGAUAUGCAACUUCUUAUACUGGAAUAUGCCUGCUUUUGUUUACAGUGUUUAUUUGUUGUUGAUUGUAAAUCUUGUCCUCUCGUUACAAAUGAAUUCCUGAUCUGUGUUUGCUUGCAAAUUAAUUUUGUGAUUGUUUUCACUGUAUAAACUCAAACAUUAGGAGUGUCCUUUGGAGGACACUGGCAGACUAAAGGGUGGCACAUCAAAUCAUAAUUACAGCAAAAUGACCACAUAUGCCCCUUAAUGACAAUUUAACUGUCUAGCAAUAUGUAUAUAUUGUAAAUUAUGUAUUAUUGAUAGGGAAAUGAUGCAGUUUUAUUCCGCAAAUGAAGGGUGAUGAGGAUUGGGUUGAAUUGCAUUUGUUUAUCUUAAAAUUUGUUGAGUUUGAUGUCAUGCUGAUGUGAUGUUUGGUAAGAACUGUGACUAUUUUUUCUUAUACUGUUAUUAAUAUUAUUGCAGAUGUAAAUAAGGGAUUUCUAAAGAAGUAUUUUAAUUAAAGCAUGGCAAAUUUA